AUGAACUGGCCGCCUGCCUGCAGCCAGCAGCCCGCCGGGCCGGGACCCGGGCGACAGGCCGAACUGGCUCUCGCCGCCCCAAGCACGGCCCCGGGACCCGGCGCUGGCUCGGCGCUGGCUCGGCGCCGGGAAGCUCGCCCCCAGGGUCCCGGCCAUCCAGGCCCUUCGACAGCCCCUUACCCUGGCGAGGGAGGCCUCACGCCCCGCAGGAGCCCGGGGCCCGGCGGCGGCGGCGGCAUCCUCCUGGGUCUCCUCGCUUCCUCCACCGGCGCUCCGCCGGCGGCUCCCGGGGAGGAGGGGGCCACGCGCUACAGCCUCCCUCUGGCCUCGCUCCCUCCCCCUCGCCUCACCAAGGGGUCCCGGGGCCGACCUCGGCCCUCCCCGCCGGGGGGCCAGGUGUGCCGUCCGCCCCUGCUGCACGGAUCCCUGCCCUGGCUGGAUGGCAGCAAAGCCCUGGGCAGCCACCACACCGCCUCACCCUGGAACCUCAGCCCCUUCUCCAAGACGUCCAUCCACCACGGCUCCCCGGGGCCCCUCUCCGUCUACCCGCCAGCCUCUUCAUCCUCGCUGUCGGCGGGCCACUCCAGCCCGCACCUCUUCACCUUCCCGCCCACCCCGCCGAAGGACGUGUCCCCGGACCCGUCCCUGUCCACGCCGGGCUCGGCCGGCUCGGCCCGGCAGGACGAGAAGGAGUGCAUCAAGUACCAGGUGCCGCUGCCCGACAGCAUGAAGCUCGAGGCCACGCACUCGAGGGGCAGCAUGAGCACCCUGGGAGGGGCGGCCUCCACGGCCCACCACCCCAUCAGCACCUACCCGCCCUACGUGCCCGAGUACAGCUCCGGACUCUUCCCGCCCAGCAGCCUGCUGGGGGGCUCCCCCACCGGCUUCGGGUGUAAGUCGAGGCCCAAGGCGAGAUCCAGCACAGAAGGCAGGGAGUGCGUUAACUGUGGGGCCACCUCGACCCCGCUGUGGCGACGCGACGGCACAGGCCACUACCUCUGCAACGCCUGUGGGCUCUACCACAAGAUGAACGGGCAGAACCGACCCCUCAUCAAACCCAAGCGAAGGCUGUCGGCAGCAAGAAGGGCAGGGACGUCCUGCGCCAACUGUCAAACCACCACGACCACUCUCUGGAGAAGAAACGCCAACGGAGACCCCGUCUGCAAUGCCUGCGGGCUGUACUACAAGCUGCACAAUAUUAACAGACCCCUGACUAUGAAGAAGGAAGGCAUCCAAACCAGAAACCGGAAAAUGUCUAGCAAAUCCAAAAAGUGCAAAAAGGUGCACGACACCCUGGAGGACUUCCCCAAGAGCAGCUCCUUCAACCCGGCCGCCCUCUCCAGACACAUGUCCUCCCUCAGCCACAUCUCCCCCUUCAGCCACUCGAGCCACAUGCUGACCACCCCGACGCCCAUGCACCCGCCGUCCAGCCUCUCCUUCGGACCUCACCACCCGUCCAGUAUGGUCACCGCCAUGGGUUAGAUCGCUGCUCAACGCUUUGAGGCCUCCGGGCGAGAGUCCCUCCAGCCCCUUCUACGUGCAUUUUUGCAGGAGCAGAAUCAUGAAGCCGAAAGCCGACGGAUUUAUGUUUUUGGAAGGCAGAAAGCAAAAGGACGUUUGCCACUUUCACAGAGGCGCUCGCUGUGGAGUCUGUGUUCUCGGUCACUGAAUCUGGAUCCCAUUUGUGAAUAAGCCAUUCAGACUCCUCCUCACUAUUUAACAGGGUCUCUCUAGUGCUGUGAAAACAAAUGAGCAAGCAAGCAGCCGUGCUGAACAUUGCAUAUAACUUAUAUCCUAAGACACGCUGUAGAUUCGAAGAAGACUUGACCGAAUCCGGGUAGCUGUAAGAAAGGCAUGGACGACGCCGAGAGUUCUAAGGAAUUUGGGGGAAAUCGACUGCGGAAAUGGAGAAGAAACUAGGUCUGCUAUUCAAAUGGACCCGCGGCCGGGGUCGUUUCCUUUCACUGGCCGUUGUUGUUUGAUGCAUUAAAAGAAAAACAAAAAACAGAAAAAAAAGGAAAAAAACAAAACAAAACAAAACAAAAAAAAAAAAAGAAAAAAGUCGUAGGCAAAUCAUUUGUUCAGAGCUGUGGGCGGGCCGCUCUGGCUAGGAGGGUCUCCGAGUCCCCGGUGAGCAGGGUCACCGCUCACACGACGCCGUGACGGGGGCUCAGGAAGCCUUUUCCGGCCCGCACGCUUUGCGACCGAGUUCCUUGUAAUUGUUGUUUGUAUGUAUAAUUCAAAGCACCAAAAUAAGAAAAGAUGUAGAUUUAUUUCAUCAUAUUAUACAGACUGCAUUGUUGUACAAAUUUAUUUACUGCUAGUGUUAAGAACUACUCUUUGUUUUAAUAUUUUCCUUCUUUCUCAAGUUCUUGUGUUUUUUUUUUUUUCGGUUGAAUAAACUAGACAAUAUUCGGUUGACCUCAGGUGGUUGUGCUCCAGAGGGUCCAUUUUCCAUUUUGUUUCUUGAUGAUAUUUAUUAAAUAGCUUCUAAGGGUACAGCAGCUUCUGCCCCCUCCCCCCUGCACCCCGCAGCCUGUGCUCUGAGCUACCAAUGUGCAUGCCUGCGACUUGGGCUGGACAGACGGGGCCCCGAAGCGGCCGCCUGACUGUCAGCGCCCUGUCCUGUUCUGUGUUAGUGACCGCUGCCUUUCAUCUGGGCUGUUGGAAUAAUACUGUAAGAAUACACAGGAAAGUGAAAAUAUUUUGAAAACAAGCAAAUAGCAUCGCAUUAAAGCGGUGGCCGAGCCCUCGUAGGACCUGGUAGCUCUCGCUAAUUUAGACACAAAACCCAAACAUGUUAAGUUAUUUGCUAGGAGAUCAGAGAGUCCACAGGUCUUCCAUUGGGCGGCUGCGCAUCUCUGGAGCCUUCUCUGCAGCCCAGAGGCUUUCUCCCAGCCGGGGUGGGGGGUGGGGGCGGGCUGGGGUACCUUCUGUGUCCCCCAGUGUGCUGUGGCCCCUCCUGCUGGCCCGGGGGGCCCCCCCGGGUGGCCUGGCAGGAGCAGUGGGAAGAUUAACUGGUGGAGAUGCACCAGCGGACUCCAGCGGACAGAUGCCUCCUGCUUCUCAGCAAGACGUGAAGGCGCGGGGCUGGCGCUUGUGUUCAUCUCUGUUUCCCUUUCCUCCUGCUGAAUUGAAUUAACGCCACAGUGGAGGGGUUAUUGUCAUGUUUGCGGAACACGAAAAUAACCGUUUUUUUUUGUAACUUACGCUGUAUAGUUUCCUUUUACUCUGUUGGCAGAAUGUGUAACCGUGGCACACAUUUUGAAAUCUCUGUUAAUCGCCUCUCUGCUUUCUUAGCAAAUAUUUUAAACCUAAGGCUAAAUGUUGAAAUAAAGGAGUUAGAGACUUAC